UUUAAAUUAAUUUUUUGCUACUCGCAAGAAAAAGAUGGUUAAUAAAAUGUAAAUUUUGAUGAUAAAAUCAAUCAGUGUUUCAAUGGUUGGUCACAAUUGAGUUUCAUAAGACAUAAAGAUUCAUUUGAUUAAAAACAAUUUCAAACGUUCAUGAAGCUACAAUAUUAUCAUCAAUAUUAUCGUUUACUGUUCACCAUGUAUGAUGAAGAUUACAAUAAUAAAGAAGAUGGUAAAUAUGAAAAGGAUGAUGAGCAAAAACAAGAACAAGAAGUUGAGAGCGAAAGAGAUGAAAAGAAUCACUUUUUUUCUCAUCUAAAAGGAGGGUUUGUUGUUAUCAUUAUUCAGGCCAAAUUUCAGCAACUAAUAUAGUCAAAAUUUAGUGUAUUGUGAGGAAAUAAAGUGUUACAUCUUCUGGUCAUCUUCAUCCUCCUCCUUUGCCUCCUGAUCCGCCUUAAAAAUCAUCUUGAGCAUCUUAUUUUUCACUUAAGAUAACAUUCAACUUUCAUCUUUAGUGACUUUUACUUAUGAACAUCAACAAAAACGGUUUCCAUUCAUUAUCUUCUUCCUUUUUCACCGAGUUUCAAACCAAUUACUUUUCCAUCAUUGAAGUAUCCAAAUUUCAUUCGUCUUUAGCAAACUCGUAAUCAAAUUAGCCAUGUUUCUACAGGCAACUUUAACUUUCUUUAUAUCCUUUGUGUCUUUAGUCCAUUGUGUUUCUCAUUCAAUUAACCUGCCAAGUAAACGACCCUGGACUCCACUGCCAGUGUCUCACAGUCGACAAGUAAAUCACCAGGCUUCUUCAUCACCUUUGGUAUUGCCUUCUUCGCCAUCUUCAACCGUCUAUUUGCCUGAGAAAAAAUCAUCAGAUGUGACUUUUGAAACAAACGGCAAAACUUAUUCCAUUGAGAGUUCUCAUUUUCCCACACCGAUAAUUGAACAUCAUCCAAAUGGAGCCACGGUUGGACUUGAUUUGCCAGACUCAAAUAUUCGAUUAUUGCUUGAUAUUGAUCAACUCGGAGGUAAGCCAGUAGCUCAACAUAUUGGAUUGAAGGUUGUUGAGAAAAAUAAAAAGAAACAAUCUCAACAAUCAACUGAUCACAAAUCUGAAGCUGUUAAAAUGAAUCAUCGACAAACUCUGACCAGCAGUUCAAACAGCUAUGGCUCUUCGGCAGCAUCAACAUCGCAAAACCAUCAGCCACAAAAAGGUUCAUUGACUGCAUCAUCGUCACCUCAGUUAACAACGGUUAGUCGAUCAUCAAAAAUUGUUUCAAUUCCCAUUUCAACCAAUUACAAGAUUGGCUAUAUACGAAGCAAUGAUCUUCAUUCAGCCAUUCAUCACCAAAUUGUCCAUGGUAAAGGUGGUAAUCAAGUUAGUGUUUUAUCUGCCAAUUAUGCAAAUCAACUUUUACAUAACCAUCAUCGAGUUAAUCCAUCAACCUUCGAGUCAAAUGUUUUAAAUAAAGACAAAUCAAAUCAAGGAGGCUUUACCAGUCCAAGAUUAGAGCAAGGCAGCUUUAAACCAAUUGAGAGUUAUUCAAAUCAGAUGAAUAAAUUUGAUGGUCAAGUAAAGAUCAAUAACACAAAUAGUUCAAUAAAAAGGUUAAAUAUUGUAUCAACAAGUAAAGUAGCUUUGAGUUCACCAGUCGCUGCUAUUAAGAGUAAAGCUCGGAUUAAUGGACCUCGUGAGACUGAACAAAUCAAGGAAUCACUCCAACAGCAACAGGUCAAUGAUGAGCAAAUCAAUCAAAAUGAUUUCAAUGAAUCUGAUAUGCAAAUUAAAUUUGAUGCACCAACCACUAUUUCAACAAAUUCAAGGAAUCAACGAUCACCAAAAAAGUUGGACAAAUUUGAAGAUGUAAGUGAACCAACAUCAACACUGAACUCUGGUUCUUCCUUAGAUACUUCCAAUGACAUUUCAAAUGCAGAUCAAGGUUUUGACAAUGAUGACGACGAUGAAAACAAUGGUGAGAGUGAAAACAUAACCGAAGACUUUAAUUCCCGUAUUAAUAAUCAUAAACAGGAUGAAAACAAAUCAGCAUUCGAUAGUGAAGUGAUUGGUAAAUUAACUUCAGUCACAAAUCCACCAGUAAAUAUCAAUUCAAAAUUAAUGCGAGGCUCGUUUAGCUGUGAAACAAUUACUGAAUCUUUCACUUCUUCAACUGAUUCAUCUCUCGAUUCAAUUGCUCGUUCCCUUGGAGCUGAUAUGCUAUUAAACUUGAUUCCAAGUUCCCAAUCAAUUUUACAAACCCUCAUUGAUGCAUCAACCUCAGGUUAUACAUUGUUUUUACCAAGUAACGAAGCAUUAGCCAAAUUACCAUCGACAUUGAUCAACCGUUGGAAAUCGGAUUCAACAGCUUUAAACACAUUAUGGUCCAGUCAUUUUAUAGAUAGCCAGAUAACAUUGGAAAAUCUUAAAUCAAUGAACGAAGUGUCACUGAAAUCAGGUUCAAAUCAGCUUCAAUUUGGCAUUUUCCGAAAUGAAACUUAUACAGUAAACGGUCAACCCAUUUCAAUUGGUAAUCAAAGAGCACCAAAUAACGGUAUAAUCCAUGUUAUUGAAGGUGUCCUUUACCCAUCAGCUGAUAAAGAUAUCAUGACAACUUUAAAGGUUUGCAAUAAAUUUGACGGUUUUGUGACUCUUGCAAUGGGAACUGGAUUAGCAUCAGUUUUGUCCAGAGGUGGACCUUACACGGUUUUUGUUCCAAGCAAUGAGGCUCUUCAAAAGAUUCCUGAAAAAGAUUUGCAACUUGUAAGAAGCAAUAUGACAGCUUUGAAAGACAUGCUGGCCUACCAUGUUGUCCCUGGAUUGUAUUAUAGUAGCCACUUGAUGGACGGUCAAUUUAUCAAUUCACUGCAAUCAUCACUUCCAAUCAAGGUUGGGGUUAGAGUUGAUCGCUGUUCAAGGCGCUUGGUGGAAGUUAACAUGAGUCCAGUCUAUGGAACAGAUAUACCAGCUUCAAAUGGAGUCAUCCACGUAAUCGAUUGGAUUAUCAAACCAAAUGACAAUGAUUGGUGCGAUGAUGUAAUAUUUCCACGUUGAAUAAUUUCAAUCCUUUUUUCGCCAUUAAUCUCUUGGUUCCAACUUGUCAUCAUUUUUCACAAAAAAAUAUCAUUUUCACCAUCGUCAUCACCAUCUCUAUCAUCAGUAUUUUUACUACCUUUUUUUAUUCCAAAUUAGUCUCUUUUUUGACUUACAUUUCUUUUAUAAGAAAUAUUUCAUAUUUUUUCAUUUUCGAUUUGUCCAACCAUUUUG